AUAAUUCUUUGCCGCUGACCUGUAACCCAAAAUGUCAGCACCCUGAACGCUCGUGCAAGGACUACUGUUUAUAGCGCAGCUGUGUUGUUAUGGGUUAUUUAUUUGAAGCAACCUGUUCACUAAGGUCUCACUUAGCUGCUUCUGCUAUGUUAGCAUGUUGCUAACCUUGCUAAUGCUGCGCAGGUAGCCUCUGGGAGGCUUGCUAGCAUUUCUCCUGCCCUGAUAAGAAUAAUACUAAUGAUAAUAAUAAUGCUGUGAGGUUUCUAGAAAACAUGACGUAUUUUCUAGUCAAACAGUUCUGCGACUUUUCUCUGUUAGGACGGGUUUUACCUUUUAAAGUGUGCAGACGGAAAAUACCGAGCUACAACCUUUGCUACAGGGUGCUGAGACACCGCUGGAUGAAAAGUCUGCCUGUUUUAUCCAGGAGCGUAAGCACACAACCAGCCAAGGAUGCUGUCGACCUGUCCAAGUUCCCUGUGGACAAAAUCAGGAAUUUCUGCAUCAUUGCCCAUAUCGACCAUGGAAAAAGCACCUUGGCUGACAGGCUGCUGGAAAUGACAGGCGCCAUCGCAAAGACGGAGAAGAACAAGCAGGUUCUGGACAAGCUGCAAGUGGAGCGGGAGCGAGGGAUCACCGUGAAGGCCCAGACGGCCUCGUUGUUCUACAGCCACGACGGACAGGAGUAUCUCCUGAACCUCAUCGAUACGCCGGGCCAUGUGGACUUCAGCUACGAAGUGUCCCGUUCACUUUCCGCUUGCCAAGGCGUCCUGUUGAUUAUUGAUGCCAAUCAAGGCAUUCAGGCGCAAACCGUCGCCAACUUCUACCUUGCCUUCGAAGCCCAGCUAGCUAUCAUACCUGUGAUUAACAAGAUUGAUUUGAAAAACGCCAACCCGGAGCGAGUGGAGUCGCAGAUCGAGAAGGUGUUCGAUAUCCCACGCGAGGAGUGCAUCAGGAUUUCAGCCAAGCUGGGAACAAACGUGGAGGCGGUUCUUCAGGCGGUCGUCGAAAGGAUCCCGCAUCCUGGAGGGAGCGUCGACGACCCGUUCAAAGCUCUGGUGUUUGACUCCAAUUUCGACCACUACAGAGGAGUGGUGGCCAACAUCGCCGUGAUCGGAGGUCGGGUGAAGAAGGGCGACAAGAUCGUGUCGGCGCAUCUCAGUAAAACCUACGAAGUCAAUGAGCUGGGCCUGCUGCGGCCAGAGGAGCACGCUACACAGAAACUCUUUGCAGGCCAGGUGGGUUACAUCAUUGCGGGGAUGAAGGACGUGAAGGAGGCCCAGAUUGGCGACACUCUUUACUGCCUCGAGCGUCCGGUCCAAGCUCUUCCCGGCUUUAAGCCUGCCAAAGCCAUGGUGUUCGCCGGCAUGUACCCAAUGGACCAAUCAGAGCACCCGGCCCUGCGGAGCGCCAUUGAGAGGCUGACCCUGAAUGACUCCAGUGUCACAGUGCAGAGAGACAGCAGUCUGGCCCUGGGAGCAGGCUGGAGACUUGGUUUUCUGGGUCUUCUUCACAUGGAGGUGUUCAAUCAGAGACUGGAGCAGGAGUACAACGCGUCGGUCAUAGUGACCUCCCCCACCGUGCCCUACAAGGCCAUCCUCUCCUCGGCGAAGCUCAUCAAGGAGCACGGCGGCGAGGAGGUAACCAUAGUGAACCCGGCUCAGUUCCCAGGCCGAUCGGUCGUGUUGGAAUAUUUGGAGCCCAUGGUGCUGGGGACGAUUCUGGCUCCAGACGCUUACACCGGCAAGAUUAUGAGCCUGUGCUUGAGUCGCAGGGGGGUGCAGAAGAGCGUGGUGUACAUUGACGAGCAGCGCGUCAUGUUGAAGUAUCUCUUCCCCCUGAAUGAGAUCGUUGUGGACUUCUACGACCUCCUCAAAUCAAUGUCGUCCGGAUACGCCAGCUUUGACUAUGAGAAUGCAGAUUACCAGGCUGCCGAUUUGAUAAAGAUGGACAUUCUACUGAACGGCCGGCCGGUGGAGGAACUUACCACCAUCGUACACAGGGAGCGUGCGUACAGUAUGGGGAAAGCCAUGUGUGAGCGCCUGAAAGAAUCCAUUCCCAGGCAGAUGUUUGAGAUCGCCAUACAGGCAGCCAUUGGAAGUAAAGUCAUAGCAAGAGAAACAGUAAAAGCAUUCAGGAAAAAUGUUCUUGCGAAAUGUUACGGAGGCGACAUAACGCGGAAGAUGAAGCUGCUGAAGAGGCAAGCCGAGGGUAAAAAGAAGAUGCGGCGCAUCGGCAACAUUGACGUUCCAAAAGACGCCUUUAUUAGUGUUCUGAAGAGGAAAGAAAAAUAAAACAUCAUUUUAAUCCAUUAUUUAUGGAUUUGCUGCAACUGUAAUCAAAAAAAAUAAAGGAAUUGCUCAUAUUUUUUUAACAAAA